AUGGUCGAGGAUAAUUCAUCCGUUCGUGCAUGGUCGGAGAGGCUACAAUCAGAGAGAGGGGAUAGCUUGGCAGAAGGGUAUAUAUCGGAGUUGCAGGAUUUCAUUCGUGUCAAUGUAGUACAGAAUGAGUUGCAAGAGUUGAGAGACAUUUGGGCUAGUUGGGAUGAAGGGAUCAAGCGAGAAGUGGAUUUAGUACCUACCAUAGAGGAAUACACUACUCUGCUCAGGUGUCCAAAAAUUCAGGUCCGAAAGACUUAUGCCCAGGUUUUUAAUAGUCAGGCUUUCGUGAAGAAAUUGAUGAGUAUUUCAGGGAUGAGCGAGCCUUGGGUCACUGCUCGGAUUCAACAAAAAGGAGAUAGUAAAUGUAUUCUUUGGGAGAAUUUGCGAGAUUUGAUCUUGACGCAUCCAGAUGAAAGAAAGAGGAACGACAUCUUCGCCUUAAGCAUCUACGGAUUGGUAAUUUUUCCUAAGGCUUUGAGGCACGUAGACGAGGCAGUCAUUGACUUAUUCGAUUGCCUUGAGAAGGGAAUCACAUCGGUACCGACGAUAUUGGCUGAGACAUUCAGAUCUUUGAGCUCAUGCCGGAAGACAGGCGAGGGGCGGUUUAUUGGAUGUGAACAAUUACUGAUAGUAGCUAUACAAAGGAGAGAGAAUAUCUCGGAGGAGAAGUGGAUAGACAUUAUUCAGAACCUCAAGGAGGGGGAUAUCGAGUGGAGAGCUUAUUGGAUAGUUUCUGAUGAUAUCAUGUACCAAUGUGGUAACUUUGAUUGGGUGUCGUUGUUAGGAAUUUGGGGAGCUACCGGGUAUACUCUAUUACUUGCGCUGAGGCAAUAUAAGUUGAGGCAGUUUGUACCCACGACCUACGGACUUGCUCAGAGUGAAUUCUCUUUUAAGGGUGCUCACUAUAAGAAGAAAGUUCGGGAGCUAUCAGAUGCUUGGAAGCAAAUUUGUUGGAUAAAGAGGUUGGCCAUCGACUCCAUGGUAACGCCCGAGUAUGACGGAUGGUUUAAGAAGAGGGUUAAUGAUAAUGUUCCUAGGCUAAGCUUGGAAAGUGCUCGACCUAUGGGGGAACAAUUACAAGUCGCCCCGUCAGAAUUGGAAAUUAUAAGGGAAGAUUUUGAGAAGAAGAGUUCGAAACUUGGGAAGAAGAUCGAACAAUUGGAGGAAGAAAAGAUGCACCUAAGGUUAGACGCUGAUGUCCAGAGGUCAGAGGCUGAAAAGUGGAGAAAAUGGAAAGCUAAGGCUGAAGAAGAUCUAAACAGCUUGAAGGCAGACUACAAGAAGCUGCGCCUAUCUAUGAGGACUGCAGGUUUAGGGAAGUCUUCCGAAUAA